AUGAUAACUUACUGGCUACCUCAAAUCAGCAAAUCGUUUGAAAAUAAUACCACAAUAACCAUCAAACAUACUUUGAAUAUUUGGAAUAUCAGAUACAACAAGCCAAGUGUCAACAUGGCAAACGAUGAACUGGAUGUGUUUUUCCAGCAUUUGCUUGACCCAAGAAAUGGUGCUGGGUUCCAUCAAGAUUACGGAUUCAUAAGUUUGUUGGGAUCCACCUUGAUUGGGUUGUCCGACUUGAGCAUAUAUCGAGGUUUGAUGAAGACCGAGUUCACGAUCAAAGUUUGUAGAUACUUGGAUCUUAAGGAUGUGCUUGUGAUGUGUAAUGUCAUUGAAGUGGUUUUGAAUAAACCCAAGAAAAUACAUUUUGGAAUGGAAAACCCCAAUAACAAUAUCAUGAAAAUGAUUGGAUCAACGGUGAACAUUGAUGUUAAACUCGUCAAAGUCAAACUGCGGUUUACAAAACGUAUCCAAGGAUUCAGGAGUCGAGUUGAAGCAACAAAGGCGUACAAGCAACUGAUUCAACUACAAAUAGAGCAUUGGAACCAAGCAGACAAGUUAAAGCGACAGUUUAAUAGACAUAUCAACAAACAUCCUUUCCACCCAAAAUACAAAACAAUACAAUGCAAGACACAUACUGAAAAAACAAUUCAAUUUAAUAUUUCAGAUAAUACAUUAUUGUUUAAUGGUAACAAUCAAUCCAUGAUUAAUACGGAUAUUGACAUUGUUUUGGAUCUGAUUGACGAGAAUGAUAUUAUUGAACGCAUGAAACGUCAUAAUUCAAAGUAUAUUGUUGAAAGUAUCUAUGAAUAUGCCAUUUUGCAAGUAACACUGGUUGUUAUCAGGUCAUUGAUGUAUAUGAAACAAACCAUGUCAAUAUAUCAAUCAACAAUCCAGUAA